AUCAAAUCUUUCAACCACAAUUAAGAUUAAUUAUUCUGAUUGAUGAUGAAAUUUUAUUUCAUUCCUCUAGUCUCAAUGUUUUCAUAUGUAAAUUCAUCAUCAAAGUAAAUCACCAAAACCAUGAAAACAAUUGAAAAAAGCUUUUCCUGUUAAUUUCGAUGACAAUUAAAUUACACGAUUAGUUGAUUAUGUUCCCUUAUAAUCUUCAUCUAGAGUCAUCAUUUAACUGGUUUCGUUUAAUUGUGACUUGUGUAUUUCUCUUGGUGAUUAGUGGACCAUUGGUCAGUUCGAAGAAAACAUCUUACAAUCCACCCGAUUUGUCCCAAUUGCGGCGAAACUUUUUUGACAAUAAACUGUCCUUUGUAACGGUCGGUAGUAUUUGGGUAUUUUUCUUAAUAAUUUUCAUCGUCUUUCGAUUAUACUAUUUAGAUGAGCGAAGUAAAUUACACCAAGUUUUCGACGAUUGUUCUCCGUCAACAGCUCAAUUUAAAUAUUUAAUUCGACUGCGAAUCGGUAAAUCUUCAUCUAUUUUCCAAAAGGAAACUUCAGCGAUAAUGGUUGACCUUUUAGAUGCACGUCAGUGUUUUAUUACCCGUCUCUCAGUUUCACCUUCGUGGUUAAAGGCCGAUGUUUACUCUAGACAAUCAGAGAAACCACGACUUCGAUCGUUGCGAUUUAUCCUUAAUCGAGCAAAUCAACUGCCGACCAUUGGUUCAAUUCGUCUUGCUCACGAUUCGUAUUUUCCUGUCGGUGGUUACAUUUUUCUUCAUUCAUUAGAGAUUCGAAAUAUCAUCGAAAACACCCUUACACAAAUUCCCGUUUUCAAGCGGAUUUAUGUUCUUCCUCCGGAUGCCAAUGAAUUGGAUCAAGUUUUCCAUGCUCAUCAUCACUUUGCCGACAAGAAAAAGGAUGAAAUUACCAGUGGUUAUGCUCCUCAUCUCACUUUCUCUGAGACUUUGUUAUUUAUCUUUUUCUAUUCCAAUACAACCCUUUUUACCACCAUUUUCAGUCCCAGUUACAUGGAAAUUUCCAGUUUAACUGAAGCGGCUUACAAUGGACUAAUUGGCAUUAUACCAUCGUCAACUUUUACCGCAAUGUUUUUAAUUUUGUAUCGUUUUAUUGUGAAAAAUUCCUAUGCCAAAUCAAAAGCAAUAGGAUCUUGGUCAGUUGUAAGGAUAAUAUUUCUCACUACACUUACCGCCAAUGGACUUAUAAUUGGCCUUACAUCUUCAUAUAUUCAAUCCCGUCAAACACCACACACUUUAACCUACUGGUCAUUAUCAAUUCUAAUUGCAAACUUUUCACUUGGUGCACUAAUUUUACCGUUAAUUGUGAUUCGAUUCAUCAUUGAUUCACUUAUUGUCUAUCGAUCAAGUCAAAAAUUAGCUUCAACUCCCUCGUUAGCGAGUAAAGUUGUCGAUGAAACCAAACCUGAUGACAGACAAUCAUCGAUCAUUGGUUCACUUUUACGAAUCAAACGGAGAACGGGUUCUAAUAAGGGUUUGGAAAGUAUGGUGGACGAACAUUCAAAAAGUAAAAUCUCCAAAACUGGUCAACAUGUUAGUAAAAACGAUGAUGAUAUGGAAGAGAAUUCUAAACUGGAGAAAAUGGUGAUACAGAAACGAAGUAUGGAAGAGGGUUUAAGCGAAACCCCGGAAACUGGGAAUAUUAAAAGUCCUCGUGUUCGAAUAAUGUCUCGAAUUCACGGAGUUCUAGGUAGACCCUCGAAAGAACCAAGGUCACAAGAGGAAGAAAAAAUAUUCGAUAUUGACAAAAGAAUCGAGGAUCAAUCUCAUCGUGAUUAAAUUCUCUUCCAUUAAAAUAUCGAAAUUAGAACAAAACAAACAAACCAAUUAAACUAAUAAUCACUUGUCCAAUGUAUUUCUUGUAUAAACCGACUAAAUUGUUAAUCUUAUUACAGUUAA